AAGGCUAUACCAUUCCUUACAUAAACGCUGUUUUUGUCUUAAUUCACACAUAUAAUUUUCCAAGAUAAUAUGUCUUCAUUUAAUCCACAAGGAGAUUCCUCUGUCUCUAACUAUUGUGUAACUGCUGUUUACACCGUCGCGUUCCGGAAGGACCCCCGCCAUCCUCGAAUGGUCGGUACCAACUUCACCUCCGGUUCUAGGUGUCAUGGCUGCCUCGAGAGUCUAGUACCAGUUUGCACCUGCGGUGGGGUGGGUCUGAAGCCCACACCCGGAAACCUAGCGAGGUUGAAGUUGCGUCUUGGUUGUAGGGGCAACAACUUCUCCGAAUCCUCUGCGAUGGCGGCUUCUGGGAGUGGUAUGGCCCAGAAAACGUGGGAAUUAGCCAACAACAUGCAGGAAGCCCAGAGUAUCGAUGAAAUCUACAAAUACGACAAAAAACAGCAGCAAGAAAUCCUGGCGGCGAAACCCUGGACUAAGGAUCACCAUUACUUUAAGUACUGCAAAAUCUCAGCAUUGGCUCUGCUGAAAAUGGUGAUGCAUGCCAGAUCAGGAGGCAACUUGGAAGUGAUGGGCUUGAUGCUGGGAAAGGUGGAUGGUGAAACCAUGAUCAUUAUGGACAGUUUUGCUUUGCCUGUAGAGGGCACUGAAACCCGAGUAAAUGCUCAGGCUGCUGCAUAUGAGUACAUGGCUGCAUACAUAGAAAAUGCCAAACAGGUUGGCCGCCUUGAAAAUGCAAUUGGCUGGUAUCAUAGCCACCCUGGCUAUGGCUGCUGGCUUUCUGGGAUUGAUGUUAGUACUCAGAUGCUCAAUCAGCAGUUCCAAGAACCAUUCGUAGCAGUGGUAAUUGACCCAACAAGAACAAUAUCUGCAGGGAAAGUGAAUCUUGGAGCCUUUAGGACAUACCCAAAGGGCUACAAACCUCCUGAUGAAGGACCCUCUGAGUACCAGACUAUCCCACUUAACAAAAUAGAAGACUUUGGUGUACACUGCAAACAUUCGAGGCAGUAUCUAUUAUUGACUUCUCGUACAGAAGAUGAGGAUUUAGCUCCACGAGUAAUUUUGAAUAAUCUUCUUUUCAACUCUGCUACUGAGAUUUGCAACUAAUCACUACAUAUUAGACCAAAAAAUUUCAUUGCAUCAACCUACGGAAUUAAAACAGUAAUUAUAUUAAGGUGAUCCAUAAAUUUUAAAACAUAAAAGUCUAUUCCUGACCCUCAAGUUUGAGUUCCCUUAUUUCCCAUCCUUUAUAAAUCUAAGUCAUCUGUUGCUGUGACCAUCCUCUCAUCUCUUUCUUCCUAAAGUGUCAGAAGUACAGCCCCUCCUUUUAAAGCUGUCCUUUUCACUUGAGCCGCUGCCUCCCCUCCCCAAACCUAAC